AACUUUUCUUUAAAUAAAACCAUAUGCAGCAAAAUAAUCCUUCUGAUUUCACAUUCUUUACUACAGAUGGAGAGAUUAUCAAACAAAUUAAAGGCACAAACAUGGAGCUCGCCGAGAUCAAGGAACUACUGAAACAACAGAUACAGGAAAUGGUUUUCCUGAAGAAUACAGUUGCGGAGUGUGAAGCCUGUGGUGAUUUGAAAUUCUUUAUCUUGCGGUGUCCCUCUGCAGGUAUGAGACCAGCAGCUCCACAGCCCUCAUGUGUGCCCAACCCCUGCCACACUGGUGUUGAAUGCAUUAUGACAACUGGUGGCAUAAGGUGUGGCCGGUGCCCUGAGGGCAUGAAAGGAAAUGGAACUCACUGCACAGAUAUUGAUGAGUGUGCUGUAUUGCCAUGUCACAUGGGGGUGAGAUGCAUUAACACAUCACCUGGUUUCCGCUGUGGCCCCUGUCCUGCUGGGUACAUGGGCCCUCAGGUGCAGGGGAUCGGACUUGCCUAUGCAUCUGCCAAUAAACAGGUCUGCACAGACAUCAAUGAGUGUGAGAACUCAAACGGUGGCUGCAUAGAGAACUCCAACUGUAUCAACACGCCGGGCUCUUUUCGAUGUGGCCGCUGUAAGCCUGGUUUUGUAGGGGAUCAGGUGCAAGGCUGUAAACCUGAGCGGUCGUGUGGCAAUGGGCAGCCCAAUCCAUGCCAUGCCAGCGCAGAAUGCAUCAUUCACCGCGAUGAACAAAUAGAAUGUGCGUGUGGAGUUGGCUGGGCUGGGAAUGGAUACUUAUGUGGACCAGACACUGAUAUUGAUGGCUUCCCUGAUGAAAAACUGGAAUGCGUAGAGAGAAACUGCGCAAAGGACAAUUGCCUCACUGUUCCAAACUCCGGCCAAGAGGAUGCAGAUUAUGAUAACAUCGGUGAUGCAUGUGAUGAUGAUGCUGAUGGAGAUGGGAUCCUAAACACAGAGGACAACUGUGUGCUCGUCCCUAAUUUAAAUCAGAAGAAUAUUGACCAGGAUGAGUAUGGAGACGCUUGUGAUAACUGCCGUCUGGUCAAAAAUAAUGACCAGAAGGACACGGAUGGUGAUGGUCAGGGUGACGAAUGUGAUGACGACAUUGAUGGGGAUGGAAUAAAAAAUGAUAAGGAUAACUGCAAAAAGGUGCCAAACCGUGAUCAGAAAGAUCGAGAUGGUGAUAAUGUAGGUGAUGCUUGUGACAGCUGUCCCUACAUUCGGAACCCUGAUCAGCUGGAUGUGGACAAUGACUUGAUUGGCGAUCCUUGUGACACCAACAAAGACAGUGAUGGAGAUGGACAUCAGGAUUCUCGAGACAACUGUCCUGCAGUUAUUAACAGCUCCCAGCUGGACACAGACAAGGAUGGCAUUGGAGAUGAAUGUGAUGAUGAUGAUGACAACGAUGGCAUUCCAGAUCUCCUUCCACCUGGACCAGAUAACUGCCGUCUGAUCCCAAACCCACUCCAGGAGGACUUUGAUGGUGAUGGCAUUGGCAACGUUUGCGAGAAAGACUUUGACAAUGACACGGUUAGCGACAUCAUUGAUGUUUGCCCUGAGAAUGCUGAGGUUACUCUCACUGACUUCAGAACCUACCAGACUGUGGUUCUGGAUCCAGAGGGCGAUGCACAGAUCGAUCCGAACUGGGUGGUGCUCAAUCAGGGAAGAGAGAUUGUUCAAACCAUGAACAGUGACCCUGGACUGGCUGUAGGCUACACAGCAUUCAAUGGUGUGGACUUUGAAGGGACAUUUCAUGUGAAUACUGAGACGGAUGAUGACUAUGCAGGCUUCAUUUUUGGCUAUCAGGACAGCUCUAGCUUCUAUGUGGUAAUGUGGAAGCAGGUCGAGCAGAUCUACUGGCAAGCCAAUCCUUUCAGAGCCGUAGCUGAGCCUGGAAUCCAGCUUAAGGCAGUGAAAUCAGACACAGGUCCUGGAGAGAACCUGCGCAACUCACUCUGGCACACAGGUGACUCAACCAACCAGGUGAAACUCUUGUGGAAAGAUGCCAGAAAUGUUGGCUGGAAAGACAAGACCUCCUACCGUUGGUUCCUACAGCACAGACCCCAGGAAGGAUAUAUCAGGGUCCGGUUCUAUGAAGGUCCGCAGAUGGUGGCAGACACAGGAAUUAUCAUCGACACAACCAUGAGAGGAGGCAGACUGGGAGUUUUCUGCUUCUCUCAGGAGAACAUAAUUUGGGCCAACCUGCGCUACCGAUGCAAUGAUACCAUCCCUGAAGACUAUGAGACAUUUAUUACCCAGCAGAUCCAACUUUUUUAAACCCAAACUCAACAUUUAUGUGAUGGCAAAACAUCACAUUUCUUUUAUACAGAAUGAAUGAAUGUGUGUGUGUGUGUGGGUGGGUUUUGGGUGGUUUACGAGGAAAUCUUUUGGUAAUUAAAAGGGUAUUAUGCUAUAAAUGUGGCUUAUGAGGAUAUUUCUAGUGUCCCCAUAAUUCAAAUAGCAUCAAAUAUGCAGAAUGUUUUUUGUGAGGGUUAGGUUUUUAAUGGUAGGGUUAGGGUAGAGAAUCUAUAGUUUGUACAGUAUAAAAAUCAGGAGAGUCCUCUAAAGGAUAGCCACACCAUGUGUGUGUGUGUUAUGAGUUGUAUAUUUCUGACAUGUGUCAUUAUUAUUUUUCUUUUCUUUUUUUUUUUACAGCCGGAAAGUCUUCAUGAUUUACUUUUUCAUUACCCCAAAUGAAAAGCAGACAAAAAUGAUAUUGCAUCAGCACUGAAGUCACAAACACCACAAUUUAAACAUAUAUGUAUUUUAAAAACACGUACUGAAAUACAGGUUACAAAAUA